AUGAUAAAAUCCUUCAAGCAAACAUUUCUGUCCCUGGACCUGCAGUCCCCUCGGUGGAGCUCAGCAGAGACGAUGGCAAAGGAUUACGAACUACGUCAGUAUGAGACAGCGAAGUGGGUCAGCACAGUCAUUAGGGGAGAGACCCAGAAGGAGGCGAUGCGCCAGGGUUUCUGGAAACUCUUCCACUACAUCCAAGGGAAGAAUGAGAAAGAAAUGAAAAUUGAUAUGACUGUGCCAGUCACAUGCCUGCUAAAAUCUGGCUGCACAGACUUCAAGAUAUCUUUCUUUGUGCCAUUUGAACAUCAAGACUCCCCACCACAGCCCACUGACUCAGAUGUGUUUAUUGAAGAGCGAAAGGCAGCAGCUAUCUUUGUCCGGUCCUUCGGUGGAUUUGCCUCCCCAGAGAAAUAUGCAGAGGAAGCUGAAGUCUUGGCCAGAGUCUUAAGAAACAGAGGCCAACCAUUCCACGAAGACUUCUUCUAUACUGCAGGCUAUGACAGUCCCUUCAAGCUCUUUAACAGGCACAAUGAAGUGUGGUAUUUUAAAAAGUAG